AUGCCCGAAUCAACUCUCGAACACCAGGCGUCGCAGGUAGCAUCAUCUGGUACUUAUUCCGACACCCGCUCUCCACCAUCAAACACACCUAAGCCGAGACACAUGCAACCAGACGAAGUAAUCACCUCUGUCUUUGAAAAUUUGACAGCCUUUCACAAUUUCAAGGAAGAAACUGAAAAGCUCCAUCAUGAAGAAAUUUCUGAUUUGUUAUCAAAGAUCCAUCCCGUAAUUGACGAAGAACCGCCUAUAUGUGAUUGGCCCGUGGUGAUGGAACUCUUUCUUAAGUUGAGUCAAGCAUAUAAGAUUGCGGGACAGCUAAUGGAGAAGGGGGCAAAUCUACUGCAGGAUCGUAUCAGUUCUCAAUGCCCUGAGAUCUAUAUGGCUAUUUUCAAUCAGGAUAUCGAUGAAUUAGAUCGGAUAGAAGAUUUGCAGAGGCGGAAUGCAGCCUUACAGGCACAGCAAGAGCUGUUUCAACACCACAAAUUAAGCUCAAAUCAUCAAAAUGGAAACUCAUGUGGAGCUAUCCCUCUGGCCCCUGAUUUUCAGCCCUCUGAGUCGGAGCUGUUGCGGAACGCGGACAAGAUCCAGGCUACAUCUCAUCAUAGGCCCCCACUCUAUAAUGAGGUGAAUGAUUUGGAGAUGGCUGAUAUUAAGCCAUCUAGGAGCCAUUGGAGGAGAAUCUUGAACCGUUUGUCUCGUAUUGGAGCAUAA